CCCAGCCCGGCUUCCGCGUCACGGCUCUUAAAGCACCUGCCCGUCCCCCUGCGGUACAAAGGCGCCGCCGACUCGGCCCGGGGACUCGGCCCCAUGGAUGCGCCGCCGGCCGCGGCUGGGGCGCAGCGGGGAGCUGUGACAGGUGCCUUCCAGGAGUGUGAGAUAUGAGUGGCCCCUGUGGAGAGAGGCCCGUCCAGAAAGCCAGCCCCACCAUGAGUCUGUGGGGGCUUGAGGACAGCCACAGCUGUCGGGGUCCCCCCCGGCCAGCCCAGGAGCCCACCCCAGAGGAGGCAUCAGCUUUGGAGCUGCAGAUGAAGGUGGACUUCUUCCGGAAGCUGGGCUACUCAUCCUCUGAGAUCCACAGCGUCCUGCAGAAGCUGGGGGUCCAGGCAGACACCAACACAGUGCUGGGCGAGCUGGUGAAGCACAGUGCAGCCUCCGAGCGAGAGUGCCAGUCCUCCCCGGACCCCUGCCCUCAGCUCCCUCUGGUACCCCGGGGUGGGGGCACCCCCAAGGCCCCCAGCCUGGAGCCCUCACUCCCAGAAGAGGGCAAGGAGGGCAGAGACCUGAGGCCAGUGGUCAUCGAUGGGAGCAAUGUGGCCAUGAGCCACGGGAACAAGGAGGUCUUCUCCUGCCGGGGCAUCCUGCUGGCUGUGACCUGGUUUCUGGAGCGUGGCCACACAGACAUCACAGUGUUCGUGCCAUCCUGGAGGAAGGAGCAGCCUCGGCCCGAUGUGCCCAUCACAGACCAGCACAUCCUGCGGGAACUAGAGAAGAGGAAGAUCCUGGUGUUCACGCCGUCCCGGCGCGUGGGAGGCAGGCGGGUGGUGUGCUACGACGACCGCUUCAUCGUGAAGCUGGCCUACGACUCCGACGGGGUCGUGGUCUCCAACGACACCUACCGCGACCUCCAGGGCGAGCGGCAGGAGUGGAAGCGCUUCAUCGAGGAGCGGCUGCUCAUGUACUCCUUCGUCAAUGACAGGUUCAUGCCCCCCGAUGACCCCUUGGGCCGGCAUGGACCCAGCCUGGACAACUUCCUGCGUAAGAAGCCACUCCCUUCUGAGCACCGGAAGCAGCCGUGUCCCUAUGGGAGGAAAUGCACCUACGGGGUCAAGUGCCGGUUCUUCCACCCUGAGCGGCCCAGCCGCCCCCAGCGCUCCGUGGCUGAUGAGCUCCGUGCCAACGCCCUCCUCUCGCCCCCGAGGGCCCCGGGCAAGGACAAAAGUAGCCAGCGGUCUUCUCCUUCCCCUCAGUCAGGCUCUCUGCCCACAGAGGGUGAGCCGAGCAGCCAGGAAGGGAAGAAGCUGGGGGCCCGGGCAUCCCCAGGGCCCCGGCAGGAGGGGCUGACACAGACCUUCGCCCCAGCUGGCAGGAGCCUCCCCCUCAGCGGGGUCAGCGGCGGCACCUUGGGGCCCACAGACUGGCUCCCGCAGACCCUGGACUCACUGCCGUACACCUCCCAGGACUGCCUGGACUCCGGCAUCGGCUCUCUGGAGAGUCAGAUGUCAGAACUGUGGGGGGUCCGAGCAGGAGGCCCAAGUGAGCCAGGGCCCCCGCGGGACCCUUACUCUGGCUACCGCCACUACGGGUCCGAGCUCCAGGCUGCACCUGCCUUCCCUGCCUUUGGACGGGCCAUGGGUGCCGGCCACUUCAGUGUCCCUACUGACUACACGCCCCCGCCACCCGCCUUCGCAUCGCGAGAGUACUGGUCGGAGCCGUACCCACUGCCCCCGCCCACCCCGGUCCUGGAACCCCAGGUGCCAAGCCCAGGGGCUGGUGGGGGACCCUGGGGCGGGGCGGGAGGCCUGGCCAAGGAGCGGGCCAGCGUGUACACCAAGCUGUGUGGCGUCUUCCCCCCGCACCUGGUGGAGGCCGUGAUGGGGCGCUUCCCGCAGCUCCUGGACCCCCAGCAGCUGGCGGCCAAGAUCCUUUCCUACAAGUCGCAGCACCUCGCCGAGUGAGCCAGCGGGGCGGCCUGCAGAGGGGCUCUCAAGCUGUGCUUCAGGCCAGCUGUCCCCGCCCCAGGCUGCCUGGAGGCUGGACAGAGAGAGGAUUCCAGUAGGGAAGGGACCCAACCAAAGACGCUGUAGGAUUGGCCCUGGCCACGCUGGGCCAGGGGCGAUCACCCCGUUGAUGCACAUUGUAUCUCUUGUUUAAGGAGACGUGCCGGUAAGGCCGUCGGUCCGUGGCUGAGGCCCAAACCCUCUUUCUCUCAGGGCAGGGAGGGAGGCCUGGGGGAGCAGAGGCCUGUGCAGGGGGCCCUGUGCACGGCCCCCACCUCCACCCAUCCCUGGGACACCGGCGUGGCCGGCUAGUUGGGCACCGUGUGCCUGCCCUCCAACACCCCUCCUCUAAGCCAAUGAGGCCUUACUGUGCCCCUCGAGGCUGGGAGGCUUCAUGUCAGUAAGCAAGAUGCUUCUUAAAACCCACCUCUGCCCACGUUUACCUGCCCACCCUCCCUUGCGCACCCUUCCCCAAAGGUGUGGGAUGUGUAUGCUGUGUACUGGUAUAAAUUUAAAAUGUAAGUGGAGUGUCCUUACCUUCUGUAGGACAUCAAUAAAAAACAACGGGAGCCCUUU